AUGUCGUCCUGGAUAACCUCGCUGCUCAAACAAGAAAGAAUACCAGAGGAUGAAGAAGAGAGGCGACUUAUUCUGGGCAUUGACAGGGAACUCAAGGACAUGGACAGGGCGCUGAGAGAGGUCGACAAGACGCUCAUAUGGACAGAACGGCUGUCAGAGGAAGAGCUUUGUAAAUUUUGGAGGGAUGCUGCCAUCAGCGAACAGAACCGAGCUGCAAGAUAUGCGAAGAAACGUGCAAGUAGGGGAUGUAACUUAGAAAUGUGCCACCAGUACAAACCUUCAAGCUCAAGGUUAUGUCCAACAACCAACGAAAUUCAUUAA